GGGCACGUGCUUGCCUAGGAUCGGCCUGCACCCCUUCAGGAUGCAGCCGGGAAAUUUGCGCUUCUAAUCAUAUUGGUGGCCCUCCUAGACCAUUUUCGCCCCCCGCGCCCCGUUCCAUUUCCUGCGCCCAAAUGUGAGUUUCCAGCGCUUUAAUUGGGGCUUUUGUUUUGAUGUGUCUCCCCCCCCCCCAUGCAAAAAUCACGCACAAGCCUGAUUUACGGGCUUAGCCUAUAAAAGCAAGGAGAGAGCAAAAGUAAACGUCCCUCCAAACGGGAAAAAGUCAGCACUAUUCCUGGCAAAACAGCGUUUCCAGUAACGUGAUCAGACUCUUUACCCCUGACCUUGUAGCCGCAUCGAGAUGCUAGCAAUGCGUGCCAGAGCAACUGGAUCUUCCUGGCAACCGAACCUUUUGGACGGACGGGCCCACUCUCUCCGACUCAUAGCCACAGACGGGCAUGCACGCACGCACGCAAGUGUUGAGUUACAUGGGGUGGUUAUUAUAUUAUACAUUAAAAAACAACAACUUUAUUUGCCUUAUAUGGCCACAGGAAAUGGGCGUGGCCUAGGCCUGCUCCCGGGUGGGGGAGCCUGAGCAGGAGCCAGUUGUGCUGAUGAAGUGGAAGAGCUGGUUUUACUUCUGUUGCAGCAGGGCAUGUGUGUUUUGCAGGAGGUGGCUGCUCCUAAUUUCCUUUCCUGAGAGUUGUGCAAUCUCUUGGUUCUCAGAAGGAGGCGGGGAGACGGGUGGGUGGGAAGCCAGCGCUCUCUGCUGUGGCUGCUGCUGCUGCUGCUGCAGUUGCUGCCUCCUUCGUAGCUAAGGAGCUUCUCUUUCCCCCUCCUCCUUCUCCUCCCUCCCCACCGCUCUGCUCCCCAAGCUGUGAUCUCAAAUCCUGUGACUCAGAGACUUGCAAUCCUGACACUGCAACGUGCGGUUGGCGGCGGAGAGGGCAGCAGCACCAACAGCAAACCGGGGCUCUCCACAUCCCGGGCGCCAGCGAGCAAAUACUGCAGGACUUUGUGCGCAGAGAGCGAGCAACCGAGCAGGCUGACAACUUGUGCACGGGAUCUUUGCAAGGAAACUUCCUGCAUUCUUUCCAAGGGAGCCUUGAGGGGGGGGGGGUAGCGGGAAGGUCUGUUCCUCCUCUGUCGCUUGUUGCUUUUUGGAUUUGGCACUUAAACCGUCAGCAGAGAAGCACUGGAGCGAAGAAGAGCGAUGGGAACUCGCCUGGCUUUUAUUUGGCGCUUGAGAACAAGGAGGCGCUGAAGCUAAGCGGACGCCGAAUAGAAAGAGGGCUGAAACUUGCCCCUUACCUCUCUGCACGGACUAGACUUGAAGAGAGGAGAAUUUCUUUUUUGCUGUCUUUAUACUUACCCUCUCCUUUGUGCACAAGCGCUAGCAAUGGGUUGGCCGUUAAUCUGAGAUAUCUUGUCUCUUCCUUAUCCUCGGGAGGAGAGACUGAACCAUGAGUCUGCAGGCCCAUCCAAAGUCUUCAAGCAAGAGGACUGGGAAGCGGAUUGCCUUUUUCAAUGAGGAAGAAGUUCAGCAGCAGCAGCAACAGCAACAGCAGCAGCAGCAGCAACAACAGCAGCAGCAGCAGCAGCAACAGCUGCUGCUUAAAGAAGGGCAAUACUUCAACCAUGGGGGCAAUGUGCCUUCUUCCCAGGGCAUGGAGCUUUCCAAGCCAGGUGUAUAUGGGGGCGUCCACGGCAAUGCUGCUCUGCUGAACUCUCUUUAUCAGGAUAGAGGCGAUGCGAGGAUGAUCCCCCAGCAGCUGGCUGCUGCCAAGUGGCAGAACUCUCUGGUGGGGAACCGGCUACCAGAGCGCAGUGAUGCCAGCUGGCAUCCUCAGGCUGGAGGUUGGAAUCACGGGAUGGUGUAUGGGGGUGCCCAGAAAGGGGGGCACCCCAAUGCCAACAUCCCAGGUUUCUUCAGCCACCAAGACCCCCUGAAGAGGAACCGGGAGAAAGGUGUGGUGGUGUCUCACCUGGACUUGUAUGGAGAUGCCGUGCAACAGAUGAUGUCUCAUAAAGCCCAGUUAGAACAGCAAGCCCUGGUCAGGCAGCAAGCCCAGAUUAAUUCUUUUCAGCAAAUGCAGAAGCAGCAGCAGCAACAACAACAACAGCAGCAACAGCAGCAGCAGAAUCAGACCCUCCCAUUGCAACCUUUCCAGCUUGCCUUUGGCCACCAGGGCCAGAAGCAGGGUCUCCCCGAACUGUUGCAUGUCUUUCAGCAAGCCCCCCCUACUUCCAGCCCAGCCUUUACCGCCCAGCAGAAGCAACAAGCUCUUCCACAGUUGCAGCUGUUUGAAAACUUUUAUCCGCAGCAGCAGCAGCAGCAGCAGCAGCAGCACCAUCAGCAACAGCAGCAGCAGCAGGCGGCUGUGCAAGGCUUUGGCAUGCAGCAACCUGCCUCUGUCACGCAGCCUCAUGGGGCAGGGCCACCCCAGCCUCCUCAGCAUCAUAUGGUUUCCCAUCAAUUCCACCCGGUUACCGAGCGGAACCAGGAGCUGCUGAAGGCGCUGACGGAGCCAAAUCCACAGACUGUCCUUCCCCAGGCCCAGAUCCCUCUCCCAAGGAGAUCACGGAGGCUUUCCAAGGAAGGUGUCCUGCCAGCGUCUUCCGCGGAGGAAGCUUUGGCCUCCAAGCCAGCUGAGGAGUAUUCUGGCGGUGUGUUGCCCCAUCACUGGCAACCGCAGCAGCACCCAGAAGUCCAGUUUCGACACCAGCCCGAAGCGUUCAGUCACAACAAGGAGAUCUAUUUGCAACCUGGCAGAGCGGAGCUGGAGCAUGGGGAGAUGCCAGCUGGCGCCCAGCCCGAAGCGGAGAAAGCGGGCGUGUAUGAGAACGCCAGGCAGGCAGAAGAGCCGGUGGGUGCCACGGAGGGCCUGGGCCAGAGAGCCAACGACUUUGGUGGGGUCAGAGGCGGCGUCAUCCAGAGCACGCGGAGGAGACGGCGUGUUUCUCAGGAAGCCAAUUUGCUAACCCUGGCUCAGAAGGCUGUGGAAUUGGCUUCUCUUCAGAAUCUCAAAGAGCCAGAAACUUCAGAAGAAAGGAACAGGAGUGAGGCGGCAGUCACUGCGCCCAGGAGUGUCGUAGAGUUUGCCGGUUCUUCGCCAGCCCCCAAGAGAGCCCGGGAAGACAGCAGCCUUGUGCCUCUCAUCAUGCCCGUGUCUGUCCCUGUGAGGAGGCUGGACUCUCAUGAUAUCAGUAGUGAGAAGGGAGAGGAAGGGAAGCCACAGCGGUUUGUGGCAAACGACCGAAGCUUUGCUGGAAGCAAGCCUUCCGUAAUCGUCACCCGGAGGAGGUCGAAUCGCAAUUUGAACACAGACGUGCCAACUCAGCAUGAAGGCCCUGCUCCAAAAGAAGAAGUGGAAGGCUUUGCACGGAAACCGAAGCAGCGGCCCAGGCCAGAGCCUCUCUUCAUACCACCGAAAGCUGGCACCUUCAUUGCUCCGCCUGUCUAUUCCAAUAUCACACCCUACCAGAGCCACUUGCGCUCACCUGUCCGCUUGGCAGAUCACCCUUCCGACAGGAACUUUGAGCUACCUCCUUACACUCCCCCGCCAAUACUUAGCCCAGUGCGAGAGGGUUCCGGACUGUAUUUCAACGCCAUCCUUUCUGCUAGUGGUAACUCAGUUCCACCUCCUAUGACUCCUAAAAGUGCACACAGGACACUGCUCAGAUCCAAUAGCGCAGAAGUCACCCCUCCUGUCCUUUCAGUAAUGGGAGAGUGUACUCCUGUCAGCAUUGAACCACGGAUCAAUGUGGGCUCCCGGUUUCAAGCAGAAAUCCCACCUCUUAGAGAUCGAUCUCUAGCAGCCUCUGACAAGGCCAAGGCAGAACUGGUGUGGCAGCCAUGGGAGGAGCUUGAAACGGAUGUGUCUACUCAAGAGAAUGUGGAGAACCUGCUAACUGCUGCUUGCUCAAGUAUAUUUCCUGGAGGUGGCACCAACCAAGAGCUGGCAUUUCACUGCUUACACGAAACGAAAGGAAAUGUUCUGGCUGCGCUGACCAAAUUGCUGCUGAGGAGGUCUUUGUGGCCUGCAAACCACACGUUGGCCAACUAUCACUACACAGGAUCAGAUAAGUGGAGCACACUAGAGAAAAAGCUCUUCAAUAAGGGGAUUGCCAUCUACAAGAAGGACUUCUUCCUGGUUCAGAAACUUAUUAAAACAAAGACUGUGGCUCAGUGUGUGGAGUUCUAUUAUACAUACAAAAAGCAAGUAAAAAUAGGCCGGAACGGGGCGUUGAUCUUUGGGGAUGUUGAUGGAGCCAGUGAAAAAGCGGUUAAAGAUGAAGUGGAAGUAGAUAUCAAGAGCUCCCAUAGGCUUACGCGAACUCUUCCUCCCAGAACGUAUAACGAAGACUAUGAUCACACUGACGAAGAGGAAGAGGAAGUAGAGGAUCGGUUGGUUAUAAAAGAGGAAGAAGUAGACACAUAUGAGUUUCAUGACAAGAACAGCAACACCGCAUACCCCAAACCCACACAGACGCUACACACUGAGGACCAGGUCGGUAGUCUCCUCGUGGAAAAACAGCAGGAGCCUGGUGCUCCAAGAGCAGCAGAAGGCAGAGGCAGAACUUCAAGGAGGACAAAGGAGACGCCCAUUAAAUAUCGGAAGACUUCUCCACCUGCCCAAAAGAGAAAAAGAAAACCAAAGCCCAAACAGGACACCGUCAACAAAGCCCAGAACCAAGAGGAGGAAUUUCCAUGUAAAAAAUGUGGAAGAAUCUUCUACAAGGUGAAAAGCCGCAGCGCUCACAUGAAAAGUCACGCUGAGCAGGAGAAAAAGGCGGCGGCUCAGAAGCAGCGAGAGAAGGAAGAGGCAGAGGCGGCGGCGGCAGAGGCGGCGGCUCGCAGCCGAGCUCAGCAGGCGGAAAGCAGCGAGAGCGGGAGCAGCAGCGGCAGUAGUAGCAGCGGCAGCAGCAGCUCAGAUGAAGACGGAGAGGUGUAGCAGAGGGUCACAGAAGGAGGCUGCAGGAGCUGGGCUGGCCCUUUGAACCUGGGAAGAUCUUUUCCAUUGCUGCACCUGUGUAGCUCCACAUCUGAACAGAUACCCAGCCCUCCUGCUUCCACUUCCUUCCUCGCCUCACUAACACGGACUGGUGGAUUUUGAAAAGAAAAGAAAACCAUCACCUUGGAAGUUUCUACUUUUUAAAGAAAACCAAAAUUUUAUGAAUCACUUUAUUUAUAAAUUAACUGUUUCAGUACCUAUUUGAACAAAUGAUCAUGGCAUGGAGUUCAGCUUUCCUUCAGUUCAAAUUACCCUUCCAUGGGAUCUCUGGGAGUCAUGAGCGCAGUGCCGGGGUGAGGGUGGGGCGUCAGGGUGAGAAAUCUGCUGGGGCAUCAGUUCUUGUUCCCAUACUGUUUCGUCCUUUUCCAACCUCCAAGUUUUACCUGCAGUUCCACACUCAUUAACUUUUUUAGUCUACCUGGUUAGGGCUCCAGCCAAUACAUGUUUUACCUCCUCCAACCUUUGUUACGAGGAUUUAUUUUCCAAAGGAAAAAGAUGUCCAGAAAAAUCUGGUAGGGAGCAGCCUCUGUGGGAUGACCUUUGAGAGUAAAAGACUUGUCUUUUCAAGCACAGGAAGCCACAUAUGUUGCUAGCAUUAAUUCAGCCUCGCCCUUGGCUGUUGAAUUUAGAAAUGCCAUGCAGGAUUGACCAUAUAUCUUGCACACACUUCUGGCGACUGGAGGCAGGGGCUGUUGCUGACACCUAAACUAUUGGAAUGGUCAAUAGCUUUGAGUGCAGAACAGCUUCUGUCCCUGGGAUUAUGGAUAAAAGGAGCUCAGGUUAAUAGGAUUGGGGAUAGAGAACCUUAGAGAACCACUGACAAUCUGAAUAGAUGAGAUUGAGUUAGAUGAACCAAUGGUCUGAUUUGGUGUAAGGCAGGUAAAUAUUCAUACAUUGCAGCUACUGUGGUAUUUUUGCCAAAAAGUGGCAGAGAGGAAGCCUUUGGAUUUCACCCUGAAGCUGCCUAAUUAGAUUGGGGAUCAUGUUGUUUAUUUACCUGUUCAGUCCUUUUUCAAUACCUCCACAAAAGAAAAGCUACUAAAAGAGAAAGAAAAAAAUUAAGCAUUGUAUGUUUUCCUUCCUUCCUUCCUUCCUUCCUUCCUUCCUUCCUUCCUUCCUUCCUUCCUUCCUUCCUUCCUUCCAAAAAAGGCUUUGAAAAUACCCUUAUGAGAACACUUGACUGAUAUAUUCAUUCAUUCCUAAGCAUUUUGCAGCCUACACUGCUGUGCUUAUCAUUUGCCAACCAAAGAAGAACCUUCAUUCAGAACUUGCACAACUAGCACUCCAUGGACCCAAUACAUUAUUU